CCAAUAUCGCCGAGUUCCAUACACUAGCAGUCCACUACAGUCCAGUACCUGUAGGCGGACUGUCGGUCAACUGGAACAGGACUGUAGGAGAUCCCCAGUUUCUCAUCAGUUUUAUCAUCAGUUUAUCACCAUGCUCCGUCGGAAACGUUGCGCUAUGUUUAUUUUGUCAGUUCUAGGAGAACCCCAAGAAAAAAGGGUCUGGGUAAAAAGUUGGCUGCGAGAUAGAGAGGCUAGCUCUCAUAUUUCGUUGCUUCGUGAACUAAGGCUGUCUCACCAUGAGGAUCUAACUAAUUAUCUAAGGAUGAGUGAGGAAAAUUUCCAAAAACUUUUAAAUUUGGUUGAAAUCAGAAUCACAAAAAUGGACACUCAUUUACGCCAGGCUAUCACUGCCGAAAAAAGGUUGACUGCAACUCUGAGAUUUUUGGCAAUGGGUCAAAGUUUUGAAGAUCUGAAGUUUCCCACGCAAAUUUCACCUCAAGCACUUGGGAAAAUCAUACCCGAGACCUGCAGACAACUUUACCUGGUGCUAAAGGAUUCUUAUUUGAAGUUACCAAACUCUGAAGAGGAAUGGCAACAGACAGGGAAAGAUUUCAAAAACAGAUGGAACUUUCCUAAUUGUGGAGGGGCCAUUGAUGGGAAGCAUAUCAGAAUCAAGAAACCUCCAAACAGUGGCUCAUAUUUUUAUAAUUACAAGGGGUUCUGCAGUAUAGUUUUGAUGGCAAUCGUUAAUGCAGACUAUCAGUUCAUAUAUGUGAACAUUGGCUGUAACGGCAGAGUCUCUGAUGGAGGUGUAAUUGAAUGUACCGGUUUUUAUACAAAGUUACUAAACAAAAGUCUCAAUUUGCCACCAAACAGUGCCAACAAGGCAAACCUCAAUUUUGUAUUUGUAGCUGAUGAUGCUUUUGCUUUGCAUGAAAACGUUCUCAAACCAUAUCCUCAAAGACAAUUGACUUAUGACCAGCGCAUAUUCAACUACCGUUUGAGCAGAGCUCGCAGAAUAGUAGAAAAUGCUUUCGGCAUUCUGUCAAGUCGUUUCCGGAUAUUUCACACAGAAAUCAACUUGAAUCCAGAAAAAAUAGAUUUCAUUGUGCUAGCAGCGUGUGCUCUUCAUAAUUUCCUGAGGAAGGAAGCAAAAGCGUUGUACAUGCCAUCGAAUUCACUUGAUGUAGAAGAUAUUGAUAGUGGGGAAGUUAUUCGAGGGGAUAGGGUGGAAGAUCAGCUGGUGGGUCUACGGCAGGGAUAUAAUAGACAAGUUUUGUGUGAAAAUGCAAAAGACAAUCGUGAUAAUUACAAGAAAUAUUUUGUUGGAGAAGGUGCAGUUUCCUGGCAAAACAAAUUUGUCACCAAUAAUUGAAGAGGUCGUUUCCAAAAACCACUAUGUCCAAAAUCACAAUUUUUCAGUAGUACGAUUUUUUGUUCCAAUUCAUAUUAUUCUAGGAAGUAGUUUUUUUCCAUUUCCAACUACGUUCCUAAUGAUAAUAAACAUAAAAAUAUAUGAAUAUAUUGAAUUUUAAAUGAGAUAUUAAUAAAUUUGCAACAGUUUUUCCAAACACCAACUAUACAAAGUAGCGGCAGAGAAACCUCCGUCGUUUGUAGUUUCUACGUCCAUGGACGUAGUGGAGUUAGGAAAAAAAUGUUAGAUGGGUUUGGAAAACAUAAGACACUCUUUGCAUUGUAAAUGAACAAGACUUUUAAGAUUAAUUUUUAUUGAGGGUUUUAAGACAUACAAAUUUCUCAUAACCCACUCCAAAUGACAGAAAAAUAAUAUAUCUUGAGAGUUAAUCUAUGAAAAAGGACUAAAAUAGAUUUUUUCACAUGAAUCAUCAUUAUCAAAAAUCAGGAUAGUGUAGAGCUACAAUAAAUAAGUACGAUGAAAGACAAUUAGUUUUAUUUCAAAAACAUAAAAAAUAAUAAUGAAUAAAAAAUAGUUUUGAACAGUGAAUUGAUUAUCAAAAGCGAACUGAUAAAGUCUCAAUAUAUAAAAAAUUUACAGGAAGGGCUCUUCUUCAUAAUAUUUAUACCGUUUGUGUAAAAUCUUGCAGAAUGAAUCAGAUGAAAUGUACUGUUGUGUGUAUUUGAUAUAAAUUAAAGAAUAGAACAAAAAUAACUUACGAGUUGUGAUUCGUCGCUCCCAAUUGUCGCUCUAGUUUCUUCAUGGUCGGCUGUAAACAAUAGCAAGUCGAAAUACCACAGUGAUGGGGUGUAUGCGUCAUCUCCUGAUGAGCCUGACUUCGGCUGUUUCACUUUCUUUAGCUCUUUACGGAACGCACAUCUCAAGUUAUUAAUUUUCUUUUUCACAGUGUCAAUGGUGGCUGAUGGCACAGUUUUUUUAUAAAAUUUUAAUAACUCUCCGUAGGCCUCAUCCCGCGAUCGUUUAUUUGAAUAGGUAUCGUCCUUCACUUUCCACAAACACGGGUAUGCCCGAUAUAAUUCAAUAAACGCUGAAAUGAAAGGAGGCUUCCCGUCCAUCUUUCGUUGUCAGUCCAAUUUCGACUGGUGUAUGAUUUCACAAAAAUGAUCUCACGCA